AUGGGGGACGUCCAUAGUAGGAGGAGUCCUUCAUUUCCUUCGCCCACCGAGACCCUAUCGUCAACCGUAUCUCAAACACAUAUGCAGCCUCUCCGAUCGCCCGGCUACCGCCCCUCACAUAGUCACCAGUCCCAGAAGUUGGCAGAUGAACUUGCAGAUAGGGUGGACGCCCUGGAAAAGGGAUCGGUCCAAGUACCUCGUUUAUCGCGUGGCGACUCCUCGGAACAUAAUAUUGGUCUGACGCCGAUCACUGAAGACCCGCGAUCGGAACGUGAGCGACAAGAAGAGCAAGGACGGAGCUCACACACUCUGAAGGAGUUACGAAGGCAGAUGGAAGAGCUGCUCGUAUAUCAGCAAAUGCAGCAAACUCAGCCUCCAGUUUCGUCUCAGACUCAACCCGGUCCCACCCUCUCGAACGAUACCCCAAGAAAGAGAAGAUUGUCCAACACCUCCGUGGAGGUUCCAGUCACCAUCGUGCACCCAUCCACAGGCUCGACAGACUCGGCCGGAACAAUCAAAGGCGUCGAUACUGAAAUGCCAUCUCCUGAGCACCCACAACCGACACCGUCAUACCCCUUUCCACGAAUGCAGCAACGAGCUGCCAAGAUGGGGCUUGAGCCGGCAGGGCGCGUGGGACAAUUCAAAUUGAAACUUCCAUCUGAGAAGUCCCCGUCCACGGCGGAAUUUCAGUCUAAGAAUGACCCUUCAACGAAUCAAGCAGACCCCAGGCCCGAUUUUCUACCCGAUCAACAUAAAAGUGUUGUCGAUGACCCCAAUUUUGCCAGCCCCAAUCUAUAUGAUCUGACACUACAGAUGAACUCCCAAUCAGGACUCGAGUCAUGGUGGUCCAAUCUGAUCGAUAUUCUACAAACUCAUUACGGCGCCGAUCGUGCAUCGCUUGCCGUUCCUGGAGAUGUCACUGAUCUAGAGAACGUACCAUGGGGUCAAAAAGCAGUCUUCAAUGGCGGCAUCGAUACCUCCUUAGAUGACCCCCAAAUGCGCGAAAAGCCACUGUCCUCCGAACACGCGGAAACAACCGCCACACCACGCAAGAACCAACAAGCCGCCCCGAAGAAACCUGAGGAGGGACUACAAAGGAAAGUUUCGAUCACGCGGCCGUCCCUAGCAUCGCGCCAUUCUUUCGCAGGUUUCGACAAGAACAAGGAGAAAGCCGCCAACCUAGAUCAAUCCCAACCUUCCAAGACAAACACCAAGUCUGCAAAAAAGCACGUCCAAAUUGCUGGCCAACAAGAAGAGCUUGCAGACGCUACCAUCAACUCCCUCCUCGGUGGCUUACGACAGGCUGUGUUCCCGAUACCCCGAGCAUUAGAAGUGGAAUCAGAUCCUCUCAUCAAGCGCACAGGCGUGCCCAGAUUAUUUGGGCGGACCCGCCCUGCAGUUUUGACUCGCCAAUAUUCAGAAGACUCUGCAGGUUUCUCGUAUCCUUGGCACGAACCUGCUAAAAGCCCGAGCGAAACCGUUCAAAUCACGCCCAUUGUCGAUGGCCCCGAACCGAGCUUGAAUCAUGACACAAAUCCGGUCCCAUUGCCUUCGAGCUUAGGUCCCAUUAGGCUGAGGCAUUACGACGAAUACGAGCAAAUCCCUCAAUCUCCGUGGUCUCAGUCUCCUGCUCCGUCGCCUGCACCUCGCACGCACGCGGACCAGAACCCUUUCUUUACAAACCAUUCCGUUGAUGAAGGCGCUUUCGCCAAGAACCCCCCUUCGCAUGAUUAUUCCAAUAAUCUCCCUCUGGAAGCCAUUGGAAUUGAUGAAUCCAGAACCAUUAUUCACAUUCCUCUUCUACACGGCGGUCACUUCAACCAGAACUCCUCGUCGACAUUGCGAUUUCCUGUUGCCAUUGUAUCAAUACUGUCUACGAUCGUGCCCUAUCCGCCAAAUCUUAGGCAAUCACUCGCGUUUUUGAUGCCCCAUUUGACAAACUCUUUCUGCUUGGCUCAACGAGUCAGCCAGCUUGAAAAGCAGUUGUCAUCAAAAGUGGAGACUCCACGCUAUGGUAACCUUCUAGGUCUCGGGGGAACAUUCUCAGAUGCAAGCAGCGAGCUGGAACUUGUUGCGGGGUUGAGUGGUCAUGUCAAUUACUCUGUUGGUGAAAACCACCACAUGUCUGCACGUACUAGCAUCACCAGCCCCAGCGACCGUUCAUCUGCGAAAUUCAGUCCCGCUGUAUCUGGAUUUGGGACACCAGGAUUUGAAUUAGGACAUGGAUAUGGAUCCACAACUCAUUCUCCAAGAUUGACAUCACGUUCUAGCGGAGAAGGUGCUGAUGGGUACUUCAAUGUUCCACCGCAGAAAAGCAUCCGAGAGAAUGUUCCACAAACCAGACCUCGGCUUCCUAAGUCAAAAACCAACAUUAUAUCUUCGACGCCAGCUUCUCCCGGGAAAAUGGUUGGCAAAGUGACCACUUGCGAUGAUACGAAUCUACAAGACCCGAGUGUGAUAGUCGGAUCUCCGUUGCAGGAAUCCAGACCCCACUUUCCUACUCUUUCUCCAACUCAACAGUCAUCACGUCAAGCAUCUACAAAUUCGCUGUAUGCUCAGUUACAGCGAGAGAUCUCACGCCCAGUGCCCGACACAAUCGCCCAUUUAAUGCUGAACUCAAUACCAUUGCAUUUGUUCCUGGCCAAGCCUCAGAGCGGUGAGGUAAUAUGGACUAAUAGCAAGUUUGAUGCAUACAGACGAAGCCAGCCACAGGAGCACACAUUGCGUGACCCGUGGCAAAAUAUCCACAGCAGCGAACGCGAGCAUGUCGAUAGCGAAUGGGCCAAUGCUUUACGGACGGGUGCGCAGUUCACUGAAAGGGUUCGGGUCAGAAGAUACAAUGACGAAUCAGCGUACCGUUGGUUCAUUUUCCGGGCAAACCCACUGAUCUCAUCAGCAACAGGAGAAUUGCUAUAUUGGAUCGGCUCAUUCCUUGACAUCCAUGAGCAACAUAUUGCUGAACUUGAAGCAACUCAGGAAAGAGAGAAGUUUGCUAUCGACGCAAAGUAUCGAGCAUUCUCCAAUUCAAUCCCACAAGUCGUUUUCGAGGCAACAGAAAAUCGUGGGUUGAUCUUCGUAAAUGAGCAGUGGAAUUUGUACACGGGUCAAACCCUCGAGGAAGCACAUGAUCUUGGAUUCGCGAAACACGUGCAUCCCGAUGACCUUGAAAAGUGUGGAGGAUUAUCUCUCAACAAAGCGGCCCGCCAUGCAGACUCAGACGACGUUGACCCAUCAUCAUCCAUCAUCGGAGUCGGAUCAGCUCUUGAUGAAUUGGUGAGACGCGGAGUGGCUUCUUUGCAAAAAGACGAGAAUGGUCGAGUGUUCUACUCUACUGAGAUUCGUCUACGCUCCCGAGGUGGUGAUUUCAGAUGGCAUUUGGUUCGCCUAGUACGUGUCAAAACUAGUAGUUUCGGAAGCGAGGAAGCCUCUUGGUACGGAACAUGCACCGAUAUCAACGACCGCAAGAACCUUGAGAGAGAACUCAACAAGGCCAUGCAACAGCUGAACAACCAAAUGGAGUCAAAGACGAAGUUCUUCAGUAACAUGUCUCAUGAGAUUCGAACACCACUUAAUGGAAUUUUGGGCACCAUUCCUUUCAUUCUUGAUACACAGCUUGACAGUGACCAGAGACGAAUGCUUGACACCAUCCAAAACAGCUCCACCAAUCUUCGCGAGUUGGUCGAUAACAUCCUCGACGUUUCGCGUGUUGAAGCUGGAAAAAUGUCAAUGGUCAAAUCUUGGUUCCACGUCAGGUCAAUGAUCGAGGAUGUGAUUGACACCAUCGCCUCCCGGGCGAUUGAUAAGGGCCUCGAGAUCAAUUAUCUCAUAGGCGCAGACGUGCCGUCUAUGGUGAUCGGAGAUCGAUUCCGAAUUCGCCAAAUCCUCAUCAAUCUUCUCGGAAACGCGGUCAAGUUCACUGCGCAAGGUGAAAUUCACAUUUCCUGUAACAUGCAUCGCGAUGUAAUUGCGGAUGACAAGGACACCCAGGCAUUCAUGAAUUUCGAGGUUGUAGAUACCGGAAAAGGAUUCAGCCCUCAGGAUGCAGAACGACUUAUGCAACGUUUCAGUCAGCUUGGAGAAAAUGGCUCUCAGCAGCAUGCAGGCAGUGGCCUUGGGCUAUUCCUGUCAAAGCAGCUUGUUGAAAUGCAUGGCGGCAAGCUCACUCCUAGCAGCAAAGAGGGCCAGGGAGCAAAGUUCUCUUUUAAUGUGAAGGUCGAUGCUCCUCCGCCACCGUCGCCCUCGGAACAACCUAAAUUGCUUCGCCAUGGUUCGAGCGGUUCCAGAAGGCCAGCAAAUUCCAGAACGACCUCUUAUCAACAAGCGCCGCCUUUGCAUCCUCAAAGCUCUGACUCGCCUUCUGGGCUCAGCUUGAAGAAUCUCUAUCCACCCUCAAUAGCUUCUUCUGCUUUGCCGACCCCUGAUAUUGGCUCCGAUCCUCUGCCGCCUCCUUUGGAUCAGACCAACAAGGCCCUGUCGAACAUGCCGGAUACUGUCUCAAGUCGAGAAAUUGAACCUGCCGUUACGAAGCCUGGUGCAAACUUAUCAAAUCCGCCAGCCCGUAUAACAUCGCCUUCGUCUCAAGCAUCCGCAUCUCCAAAUGAAGCAGUGGGGCCUGUCGCAGUCCCAUCCAACGGUCCAUUCUCUAUCGUGAUUUUAUGCUCGCUUGAGAAUUCUCGCAAGGCCAUAAAGCAGCACAUCGAACAAGUUGUACCUGGCGAAAUUCAUUUUAACAUCAAAUCAUUGCCUGAUGUUGAUGAGUGGAAAGAUAUGAUACAUCAUGCUUCCGAUCAGCAGCCUUGCACGCAUUUGGUCUUGAAUCUUCCAACUGAUGAUAUUCUCGAAGUCAUUCACAUUGUCUCUACUUCACAGAUGAACCCCGCACCGGUUGUGGUAAUUAUCUCAGAUCUAUACCAGAAACGCCAAAUCAGCACGCGAGUCAAAGAGCUGGCCUCAACAGGGAAGCAGGUCUUCAUUGUGCCAAAGCCUGUCAAACCCUCUGCGUUCUCAACCAUUUUCGACCCCGAGAGCAAGCGUGAGCUGAGCAAGGAUCGUAACCAAGACAUGGCACGCGAAAUCAACAACAACUUCAAGACCGUAUCCAAGAUGGUCAAAGAAGUUUUGGGCAACAAAGGUUAUCGAGUCUUGCUUGUGGAAGACGACGAAACCAACCGCGAUGUUAUGCUGAAAUACUUGGAUAAGAUCAAACUCAUGUCAGAAACGGCAUCCAACGGAGAGGAGUGUACCAACAUGGUGCUCUCCAAAGAACCCGGAUACUAUUCUCUCAUCAUUUGUGAUAUCCAAAUGCCUAUCAAGAACGGUUACGAGACCUGUAAAGAUAUUCGUGACUGGGAACAAAAGAAUCAUUAUCCACAGAUUCCAAUCAUGGCCCUUUCGGCCAACGCCAUGACAGAUCAAAUUGAAGACGCUGCCCGUGCAGGCUUCAAUGACUACGUCACCAAGCCGAUCAAACACAACGAAUUGGGCAAGAUGAUGAUGGGACUUCUCGAACCCGGUCGACCUCUGAUGCUUCUAAGGGACCGCCUCGGUCCAGAGCAUCAGAAAGCCGCAGCUGCGGCUCGCCGUUAA